AUGAGAAGCAAAUCCAUCUUAGCUGGUGCCGUUAAUGUUCCAAUUGAACCAACAUCAAAUGUUGACUCACGAACGACAAACAAUAUUGUCAUAAAGAACUAUAGUUCAGAGUGUUUGAAAGAACCAGAACCAGAGCUGAAAUCCGUGAAUUUAAACUCAGCUUCAAACGCUAACGCUACAUCAGAUGUUAAGUUAGAGUAUCCACCACUGGACCAAAUUCUUUCAAGAGAAGCCAACGACAAUCCUUACACAAAU